AUGGCCGCCAAAUUCGAAAACAUCAACACCUCCGCGGUGCCUCCUACACAGGAAUCUACGAUGAUGGACAGCCAAACUAUGGCGCAGUUGAUGCACACGCUGCAGACUGUGGCUAUCGCAACCCUCUUUUUCGCAGUCUGCGCAUACGCUCCCAAACUUAAACGAAAGGCCCAGCUGGGAAGCCUGCCGGUUCUCGGCGGAGAGACCGGAGAGAAACACCGACAGGCAUAUCUCACCAAUGCUAAGAAGAUGUAUGAAGAUGGCGAAGACAAUAUCGUCAUACCCUCAAGUCUGCUCCCAGAGCUGCGAAAACUCCCAGAUGAUGUUCUCAGCUUCCCUGCCGCCGUCAAGCAGCUCAUGGAAGUCAAAUACACCAAACUGCAGGUUGAGGGAGCGACCGGUCUUCAUUCGGUCAAGCAUGACCUCACACCAGCACUACCUCGAUUAAACCCAACAAUCGCCACGGAAGUCGACAUCGCUCUACGAGAGUCUAUGCCCCCAUGCGAAGAAUGGACGGACGUUUACAUUUUCAAAGAGCUCGUCGAUGUCAUUGCAAAAGUCUCCGGUCGCAUUUUCGUCGGACCAGAACUAUGUCGCAACCCAGAAUACAUCAAGCUCGGAACGAACUACACAAUGGAUCUCGUGGCAGGAGUCACAGCUUGCAAGAAGGUCCGCCCAUGGCUGAAGCCGUUCCUGUGUCCCCGCCUCCCAGAGAUCGUCAAGCUUCGCAAGAUCGAACAACAACUGAGCGACUUUCUGCACCCAAUCGUAGAGGAGAGGAUGACCGCCAAGGCGAAAGAUCCGAAUUGGCAAGAGCCAGACGACAUGCUGCAGUGGAUGAUCACGAGGGGUAAAGGUAAAGACACGAUCGACGAAAUUACCAGGUUCCAACUCGGUCUCAUCUUCGCCGCCAUCCACACCACAAGUAUGACUGUCACCAGCAUCAUGCACACACUCGCCGUCACGCCAGAGUACAUCGAUCCUCUCCGUGAGGAGAUCCGCAAUGUCAUGGCCAACAACGAUGGAGUCAUUACUUCCCGCGCUCUGCAACAGAUGGAGAAAGUCGAUAGCUACAUGAAGGAAGUCAUCCGAUUCUACCCAACAGGCUACACGGCCUUCAACCGCCGCGUCCUCAAAGGCAUCACCCUCAGCAACGGCCAAUACAUCCCACCCGGCGUCACCAUCGAAGUCCCCUCGGCAGCCGUCUACCUCGACGAAAAGAACUACCCCUCCGCCGACGAAUUCGACGGUUUCCGCGCCUACAAGGCACGCCAGAGCGGCAAAGCAGCGGACAUUGCACGCAACCAGUUCGUCACCACCAACGAGACUAACCUCAACUUCGGCUACGGAGCCCACGCUUGCCCGGGCCGCUUCUUCGCUGCCAAUGAGAUCAAGAUGAUUUUGGUUAGGCUGAUCCUCGAGUAUGAUGUUAAGAUGCCGAAUGAUGAGAGGGUGAGGUAUCCGAUGGUUGAUGUGAGCACGCAGAGUAUGCCUGAUCCGACGAAGGCGUUGAAGUUUAGGAAGGUGCAGAUUUGA